CGCCUCGCAAGCGGCUUCGACAUGCCUUUGGUCGGUCUCGGCACCUGGAAAUCCAAGGACGGCGUCGUGGGCGACGCCGUGAAAGCUGCCAUCCGCUGCGGCUACCGCCACAUUGACUGCGCCCAUUGCUACGACAACGAGGCCGAAAUCGGCGCGGCGCUCAAGGAGCUCUUCGAUUCCGGCGAGAUUCGGCGCGACGAGCUCUUCGUCGUCUCGAAACUCUGGAACACGAAGCACGAGCAGCGCGACGUCGAGCGCGCGCUCCGCCACACGCUGGCGCAGCUGCAGCUCGAGUACCUCGAUCUCUACUUGGUGCACUGGCCGAUGGCGUUCGCGCGGACCGAGGGCGCGCCGCGCGCCGACGGCUCGCCCGGCGACGUGCCGCUCGAGGAGACGUGGCGCGGGAUGGAGGCCGCCGUCCGCGCCGGGCUCACGCGCAGCAUCGGCGCGAGCAACUUCAACCAGGCGCAGCUCGCGGCGAUCGACUACGUACUGGUCUCUACGAAGAGCGGGAUCCCGAUCGCGGUCAAUCAGGUGGAGUCGCACCCGCUGCUGCCGCAGACGAGCCUGCUCGACUUCUGCCGCGCCCGCAAGAUCGUCGUGACCGCGUACUCGCCGCUCGGAUCGCCCGACAAUGUGCGCGCGCGCACCGACUCCGACCCGUCGCUGCUCGGCGACGCGGGCAUCGCCGCGAUCGGUGCGUCGUACGGCAAGAGCGCGGCGCAGGUCCUCGUGCGCUUCCACACGCAGCGCGGCGUUGUCGCGAUCCCAAAGUCGAAGACGCCGGCGUACAUGGCGGCGAAUCUGGACACCUUCGACUUCGAGUUGUCGGAGGCGCACAUGGCCGAGCUCGAGGCGAUG